CAAAACUAUGAAAAUAUGUUGAGCUUUUGGGUACAGUGCGCACUGGUUCCCAUCAAAGCGUUGUUGUUUAUAUUCGACAUUGUAACGCUACCCAUAUAUUUUAUAUUACAGGCACCAUGGAAAGCUGGGCAGGACUCGAAGCGUGUGAAGGCAAGGAUCAUCAAGAGUAAUAGAGAUGCGUUGACAUACCGAACAACGGAGCCACCAAGAUCGGUUCAUGUGAAAAUGCUGCAGGAGAACAUUGAUACGCUGGAGAAGGUGCUAAACUAUGUGGCGAAGACAUAUUCCAGCAAACAAUGCCUGGGCACACGACAGAUUAUCAGCGAGGAGGACGAACCACAGCCGAACGGACGCAUCUUCAAGAAAUAUAACAUGGGUGACUACAAAUGGAAGAGCUACCUCGAGACGGACCGAAUGGCCAACUACUUUGGACGUGGACUUCGGGAGCUGGGCCAACCUGCACGCCAAAAAAUCGUCAUAUUCGCAGAGACUCGCGCCGAGUGGUUGAUUGCCGCCCAUGGAUGCUUUAAACAGUCCAUGCCCAUUGUCACAGUCUAUGCCACGCUGGGUGACGAUGGUGUGGCCCACUGUAUCGCCGAAACGGAAGUGACCACAGUCAUUACAUCGCACGAUCUACUGCCCAAGUUUAAGACCAUACUUCCCAACUGCCCUAAUAUAAACACAAUCAUCUACAUGGAGGACCAGUUACAUAAGACACCAACCACGGAAUUCACGGAAGAUAAUCGGGUCAAAAUUUUGCCAUUCACAAAAGUUGUUAAAAAUGGAAGCUACAGCAAAUGUGAGAACGUGCCACCAAAAGGAGAUGAUAUUGCCAUCAUAAUGUACACAUCCGGUUCAACCGGUACUCCGAAGGGCGUGAUGUUAUCACACAAGAAUUGCAUUGCGAGCAUGAAGGGCUUUUGUGAUAUGGUUAGUAUAUAUCCAGAUGACGUCCUGAUCGGCUUUCUCCCACUUGCACACGUUUUCGAACUGCUGGCGGAGAGUGUCUGCCUGAUGACGGGCAUCUCGAUUGGCUACUCGACACCCUUGACCCUCAUCGAUUCGAGCACCAAGAUCAAGCGAGGAUGCAGGGGAGAUGCCUCUGUGUUGAAGCCAACGUGCAUGACUUCGGUGCCGUUGAUACUCGAUCGCAUCUCGAAGGGCAUCUACGACAAGGUGAACACAGGUUCUACCUUCCAGAAAUCGAUCUUUGAGCUGCUCUAUCAGUACAAGGUCAAGUGGAUAAAUCGUGGCUUCCAGACACCUCUGACUGACUUGUUCGUAUUCAAGAAGGUGGCCAAUUUGUUGGGAGGCAAGGUUCGUCUCAUUUUGUCUGGCGGGGCGCCGCUUUCAGCCGAAACUCACGAGCAGAUCAAGACGUGCCUCUGCCUGAACCUAAUUCAGGGUUAUGGCCUGACUGAGACCAGCUCAGCAGCUACUGCCAUGGAUACAGCUGACAUGACCUAUGGACGGACUGGCGGUCCUCUGACCAUUUGCGAUAUACGUUUGGUCAACUGGGAGGAGGGCAACUAUCGUAUCUCCAACAAACCCUUUCCCCAGGGAGAGAUCCUGAUCGGUGGUGAUUGCGUUUCCGUGGGCUACUACAAUCUGCCAUCCAAGACCAACGAGGACUUCUUUGUGGAGGACGGACGACGCUGGUUUAGGACCGAUGACAUUGGCGAAAUCCAAGCUGAUGGCGUACUAAAGAUCAUUGAUCGCAAAAAGGAUCUUGUCAAGCUGCAAGCCGGCGAAUAUGUGUCCCUGGGCAAAGUCGAAACGGAGCUCAAGACAUGCAGCAUCAUUGAGAACAUAUAUGUUUAUGGCGAUUCCACGAAACGAUUCACAGUAGCCCUUGUCGUGCCCGAUCAGCAUCAGCUCCUCCAACUGGCCGCCAGCAUUGGCGUCUGCGACAAAUCGUUCCAGGAGCUCUGCUCCUCCCAAAUCAUGGAGAAAGCCAUACUCAAGGAAAUCGCCGAGCAUGCCAGCAAACGCAAACUGCAAAAGUUCGAAGUCCCCAUGGCCGUAACGCUCUGCAAUGAGGUGUGGUCCCCGGACAUGGGUCUCGUCACAGCUGCCUUUAAGCUGAAACGCAAGAAUAUCCAGAGCCGAUACCAAAAGGAUAUCAACCGCAUGUACGCUUCAUGAACGUGAAUCCAAGCUUUCAACGCUGAAACGAUGAAAAUUCUUUUAAGUAUUUCUAGACACACAUAUAGUUUUUUUUUUUUUUUAUAUAUAAAAUUUGCCUGCUCUACUUUUGUUUUACCUAAAAUAUUACACUUCCUAACUAAUUUCUGUAUGAUUUAUGUAUGAUAAAAAUUAUACGUAUGUAUUUGUUUACAUU